AUGCAACCGGGCGUCGUGCCUCCGUUGCUCGUCGUGGAGCUGCUCUUCCGUGCCAAAAGCGACUUCACCGACCUGCCACACGCCACCACAUCCGUCUCACAAUUCCUGGACUCGUCGGUCGAGUUGCCGCUGCACAAGGCCUGCGCCUUCGAGUCUCUGCGGCUGCUGGACCGCAUCUGGACCUCCUCCAGAGCCUACAAAAAGAAUUCUGUCCGUGACGGCGCCAGCUUUUCUCUCGGCCGUUGCCUCGGGACCGACCGCUACUAUCGCCAUCACCAGUUCAACCGGUCCCUGCUAGAGGCAGUGAAGCGGAGGCAUCUAGCGAUGGUCAUGUGGCUGUCCUCCAAACUCAAGGGCUACCUCAUCGAGGGUGAAGUGGUGACCGCAGCGGCCAGCGUGGGGGCCAUCGAAAUCUUGGACUUCUUCCUCUGCUGGGGCCCUGAUGCGCUGGAGGUGGCCGUACUGCAUGGCCACAGUAACGUCAUGUGGUGGCUACUGCAGCACACACCGGACAAUGGAUACGACAUGGAUAAGGCGCUUCACUACGCCUCCGAAGGACACAAUAUAGUGCACGAGGUGGCAGCUCAAGGGCGUCUUGAUGUGCUCAAGUGGAUGCAGAAGAAGCGAGGCGUGGAUUUGGACGCGGGAAGCAAUGGCAGUCACAUCACCGAUCUGGGUGAGGCGAGUCUUGCUAUUCACGUUGCGGCGGUGAAUGGGCAUCUACAAGCGAUUCAGUUACGACGUUUGACCGAGGCACUCGGUGGAUCGUGCACGGCUGCCAAGGUCACCAUCGACACUGUGGUCGAAGCCGGAAAGAAUGGCCAUGCGGAUGUCGUGCAAUGGCUCUUGGCGGAGUACCCAAAACUGAAUUUCGGCGAUCAACAGACACCCACCGAUGAAACCCCGAUGGAUGCUAUUGCUGCGCGUGGGCAUCUCAACGUACUAGUGGUAGUGCAGACGAUGAACGUUAACGCAGAUAGUCGGAAGCGCAACAGGGAUGGAUCGCGUAAAGGAGGUCACGUUUGCACGAGUAAAGCUAUGGAUGACGCUGCGGCUAAUGGGCACUUGGAUGUGGUAAAGUGGCUUCAUGAAAAUCGAGACGAAGGAUGCACAAGUCGCGCAAUGGAUGGUGCUGCAAUAGGAGGCCAUCUACGUGUGAUCCAGUGGCUACACGAAAACACGUCGCAAGGAUGCACGACCGGCGCUAUGGACGGAGCUGCUGUCUAUGGCUAUCUCGACGUUGUGAAAUGGCUGCACUUCACUACGAACGGCGAUGGACGGAGCGGCAGCAAGUGGACACCUUCAUGUCGUCCAAUGGUUGCAUGA